AUGAACGUGAUUACAUUAAUUUUUACAUUAUUCGUCAAUCAACUCGUGCAAGCGAUUGUACCGAUUAAUUCUAGUACCGUAACAGAGUUACCGAGGAAUGCAACAGAGGUUGUUUUUGCAUCGCAAAUCCAACAAAUCUGGACGACAUUGGAAGUGACGCCUGAGGCUUCAGACGGAAACGAUCUAAAUGACAUUGGCAGUGCCUCGUCGAGCAACAUAAAGUGGGAGCGGAAUAUCCAAGAGAAAUCUGAGCGUAAAAAAUAUGGCAAAGAUGACGAGGCAUACAAUGAAUUACUUUCCUCUGACAGGAAUAAUCAAGUGAAUAAAAAAACAUAUUAUUCUAAACAUCUGGACGUUAACGAAGUAAUUAAAAGACCACAGUCUUUGGUGUGGGAUCCUUGUAUAGAAACCAAAUUCAAAGAUAACCCAGCAAACAUAGUAAAAUUGUCUAGUGACAUGGAAAAUGCAAGUAUUGACUCGCACAACGAUAAUGGUGAUAAUCAAAAUAGUACAAUUUGGAACAAACGAGAUGCAAAUUCAUCAAAUUACACAAACGCCAUGAAAGAUUGGCUAGAAAAGUACAACAAUCUUUUGAAAAGUAAGACAGAAGAGCGUCGCCAACAAAGACCAGAAUCAAUUUUAAUUAGAAAGAUAAGUGAAGCUACGACAACUGAAAUUCCUAUUCUAAGAACGACGGUCCAAGUAAUACCAAUAACGAGGGAAAUAUUUAAAGAAACAGCCGAGAAUUUUAACAUAACUCUGAAAACUGCAGUAACGGAAAUUAGUAUAAAAGCGAGUUAUACUGAAGAUUGGUUCGAGACGGAGGACAGAGGUAAAAUAAGAUUUAGCGGCCUUCCUCAGAAGGAAACCUAUUUGAUUCCAACGCUUAAGCUCGAAGAAGGCUUCCAUCCGUUCACAUUUAUGUCGGAAUUUUUUACGGUGAUCUACCCGUUUGAAUUUCCCGUAGGUCUUGUCAAGGAUAUUGUAUGGGGAAAAUUUUCUUUCCCGUACUCUUUUCUUCAGUCGAUCAAAGUUGAAUCAACAUUUUUAGCGUUUAUAAUAGCGUUUACUUGCAUCGCUUUAGUCAUACCAGCAUACCUCUUCAUUCUGGCUGUAUUAUCGCUGUUCUCUAAAUCGAGAUGCGAUGACGAAACGGAAACAGGAGCUUUAUUUCCCGUUGCUGAAGAGUCAGAUUGCAAUGACAGAGUGCUGGUAUUCGUGACACUUUUUGCGAUUUUUUUAUGCUGCAUUCUAAUAUCAGGAAUGGCUGUAAGCAACGAACAAGCUCAUUCAGCAGUUAUGGAGAGCCGUAACGUAAUACACUGCGCAUGCGCCGACGUAGCAUCCUGGCUGGUGGCGGCAGCGAGGGAACUGCAUCACAGUCUCAUACCACCCGUCGAUCUCGUCCAACACGCGUACAGAGAAGAUCUCAAAAAAAGCGAAGAUCUGUCAAAAAAGAUAUCUUCUUUACGUAAUGUAAGUAUGAAGGCGGGACUAUUGGCUGCUGCUGCUUCAGACAGGGUUAAAGACCUGGCAAAUCAACUCGAUAAUAUGAAAAAAUAUUGUACAGUGAAAGACACUCCACUUUGUGACACUGUUAAUGCAAACGCCUUGGAACUACAGAUAAAGUUUGAAUGGAUACUGCACGAGACCCAAUUAUUGGAACUUCGAACUCUUGGUGUUGAAAACUUAACACGAGCAAUAGCAACUGCUAGGAAAGAGUUCAGGAUAUUACCUUCCGCUAUUACUACUCAAACAAUACAAGCAAGAAAAGACAUCCUUAAUGACAUCGAAACACGACGACAAGCCGUGCACGGCUCGGCAAAAGUUCUGAAUGAUAUAGUGCGUCACCUCACGACGGGGCUCCACUCGGUCGCGAGGCAAUUAGAGGCGAGCCUGGAUAGAGUGCAGAGAUACGACUACUGGCGUUGGACUCUUAUGUUGGGACACGCUGAGGUGUACGUGUGCCACGCCCUAUGGGACAAACCGCAGUAUGAAACUUUGUCAGCCCUCUUAGACAAACCGUCGCCGGUGCUAAAUAAUGAUGAAGGAAUAUUUGACGCUCUAUUUAGGGAACUCGAUAAUGUCACGAUUGAUGUUUCAAUCAAAGACGUUUUAAGAAUGAACUACAACGGGCCUAUAAUGGGGAGAGAUUUACCGUCACUAGUGGACCAAUUACAGAAUAUAGCUGCACAGAUAUCAGACCUUACAACAGCUGGGCGAUUGGAGACUUUAGCAACCCGUACAAAAAGGCUCUAUUUGACAAACAUUAAGCCUCUGGAGCAAGCCAAAGCCGACAUCGUGUAUCGCCUAACAGAAUUGGAACUUCAAUUGUUGCCUUUCAGAAGAAAACUAAAUAUAUCUCUCAGUCAUAUACACACCGCUCAGUACUAUAUAGAUAACCAGGGUGACGUCAUAGCACAGAAGACCACCGCCAGCACCGCGGAGUGA